AUGAUUCUUCUACACUUAAUGAAGUUCUCUGUCUUACUUUUUUUCUUGGUUGUAGCAACUUUUCUUUAUCAAGUUCAAGCUUCAAAUCAUGGUUUCUUUAGUAGAAAAAAAGUUGGAAUUUCUCCUACCAUUGAUGAUGGUAUAUGUGCUUCUUCUAUUAUUGUUUAUGGAUACAAAUGUCAAGAAAUUCAGGUUGUAACUAAAGAUGGGUAUAUUUUAAGCCUACAAAGAAUUCUUGAAGGUAGGAAUAAAGCUAAAAAUGGGAGCAUGAAAAAACAGCCUGUAAUAUUACAACAUGGAGUAUUAGUGGAUGGUAUGACAUGGCUUAUGAACUCUCCAGAACAAGAUUUGCCUCUAAUUUUAGCUGAUAAUAGUUUUGAUGUUUGGAUUGCUAAUACUAGAGGAACCAAACAUAGUCGCCGACAUGUCUCAUUAGACCCCUCUAACCCGGUCUUUUGGAAUUGGUCUUGGGAUGAACUUGUUACAUAUGACUUACCAGCUGUGUUUGAUUAUGUGUACAGUCAAACGGGACAAAAGAUUAAUUAUGUUGGUCAUUCUUUGGGAACAUUAAUAGCUUUAGCUUCUUUCUCUGAAAGAAAUUUGGUUAAUCAAUUGAAAUCCGCAGCUUUGUUGAGCCCAAUUGCUUAUUUGAGUCAUAUGAACACUGCACUAGGUGUUGUUGCAGCUAAAUCUUUUGUUGGUGAGAUAACUACACUAAUUGGUCUAGCCGAAUUUAAUCCAAAAGGGCUACGCAUCGAUGCCUUUGUGAAGCUUCUUUGUGAUUAUCCUAGAAUAGACUGUUACGACUUAAUGACUGAAUUAACUGGUAAAAAUUGUUGUCUCAAUUCUUCAAUUAUUGACCGAUUCUUGAUGAAUGAGCCUCAAUCAACAUCAACAAAAAACAUGGUACACUUGGCUCAAAUUGUUAGACAUGGAGUUCUAGCCAAAUUCAAUUAUGAAAGACCAGAUUAUAACAUUGUGCACUAUGGACAAGUAGUCCCACCAAUAUAUAACCUAUCAAAUAUUCCACAUGAUCUCCCUCUCUUCAUUAGCUAUGGAGGACAAGAUGCACUUUCUGAUGUUCGUGAUGUUGAGAAUUUGCUUGAUAAGCUGAAGUUUCAUGAUGUCGAUAAAAGAAGUGUUCAAUUUGUGAAAGAAUAUGCUCAUGCUGAUUACAUAAUGGGGUUUAAUGCUAAGGACAUAGUGUAUAAUUCAGUUAUUUCAUUUUUCAAUUCUCAAGGUAAUACUUGA